AUGGAUGGCGCCGUGCGGGUAGUGGUGCGGUGUGCCUUGCAGGGUAGUAGUACACAACGCAGAACAGGCGCAUCUACUACGACUACGAGCGACGGCUCUUCCGCCCCACUCGCCGACUACUUCUUCAUAUCUGGCAUCGAAUCUUCGCAGGUUUACGACGAGCGCCUGCAGCCCACCGGCCUUCCUUCCCCGUUGUCUUCCCCGCCUGCCAUUGAUGUUGACGAGACGAUUGAGGAGGAUCGAGCUCUCGAAACCGACCCAAUACGCCCAAAGAGCCAGGAGGGUCUAUCCAAUGGCGACAGCAUCAAGCGAAAGUCCGGGCGCCUAAGCUUUGAUAAUCGUAAUUCUGUCGGCACUAUUAUUGGUCCAGAACCUAAACAAUCAGCCAGUAACCGGAGUAGCACCACGAUCAAAGGCGUUCAAAUCGGUGGCUCUGGCCUCAACGACGUCGAUUUCGACAAUGCCUUGCGCAAGUUCGCCUCGGAACGUGAUACCUUUCUGGAGGAGAUCCAAUUCACCGCAGCCGGCGUUGCGCAGCAAAACCGCCCUACACGGAGCUCACGGCCGAAACCCCAGCGCAUCCAGCAUGCCCCCGAAGAUGGAGGUGGAAAUCUCAAAGCCGGUGUCGGCAGCAUUCGGCGCCGUCUCUCUACCAUGCAGAGCAGUCUGAAAAGACAGCCCUCCAUGGCUCGACAAGCAUCUGUACGGACCUCCAAGAGGCUGUCAGGGUACAAUUCGGUCAUUCCAGCGCCGCAGCCCUUUAACCAAUCGCCGAACAUGCACCCCUUACUCCGCCGCUACGAGCCCGUUCUCCUAGAUCGCUACCCACCCAAGAACAUGGUCGAGGAAAUGAAGAGGAGACACCCGUUCCCGGAUUAUGUACCCAUGUUCGCUUUCCCGAACGAUGUAAACGUCGUGUCGUCCGACGAGCGGCCAAAGACCUCGUGGCAUGGAUUCGCCAUGACAAAUGGAGACAAUUCUAAACUGUACGGCAUCUGCAUGAUUGUUUGGUUGCCUCUGAACCUCACCGCCGCGGAGGGACUGGAACGACAAUGCGAAGAAUGGAGGAGAUUGCACAUGAAUGCAGAGGAGCGCGAACUUGCCAGUAGCUUGGGAGAGCGACUCGCGCUAGAGAGAGCCAAAUUGUCGCGCCUCCUAGCGAUGCUUCCGACCAUCGCAUAUGAGUCUGAAGAGCGCGAGAACUUGGAGGAAGAGAUCAGCGCGGUAGAGGAGAAGAUCGGCCUCAUGACUGAUUUAUUACGCCCAGUCAGACAUGGUGCCGCUUCCAAGAUUGAAGGCCUUACCGACGGCGACACAGGUCUUUGGAUCCCUCGCGCCUAUGGCGUGAUGGGUAGAGAUGCAAGCCUGACGCCUUUCUGGAAGGAAUGGCUGAAAGCAGUCGUUGUCCCAAUGACUGACGGUGUCGUGAUGCGGAUCCCCCCAAGCUCUCCACGUAUUGGCAUGUGGCAGCCCCUGGAAAGAUAUGUCAUCAACCUCUGCGCUGAAGCACUGAGCCCCAUGACUUCCAUUACGCAGGUCGAAGUCGCCGUGCGAGAACUACGGCUCUAUGCCCGAAAAGAGGCAGUCAACGAGCUACCCGGCUCACGAAACAUUGACAUUUACGGCCUCUUCCGUUGCCUCUCGAUCCCCAACAUCGUGUCUCUGUUCGAAUAUGUAUUACAGGAGUCCAGGAUCAUCCUUCUCUCCUCCCAUACAGCCAUGUUGCAUCUCGCCAGCAUGGCGAUAACGAAUUUGAUAUAUCCUUUCAAGUGGCAUGGUGUCUUCAUUCCGGUGCUGCCAGCCCGUCUGGUACAAACUAUUGAGGCUCCAUGUCCUUACAUUGUUGGCAUCGAGCGGAGAUAUGAGCCCGCGGAUUAUCCUGACGACGAGUACGUCCUCGUAGAUCUAGACAACGAUUCCAUUGUUUCCAAUGGCCCCGCACCAGUAGCACUUCCACGCCAGCAGCGACGGAAGCUCACUGCCUUGCUUCAGCAUUCUGCGCCCCAUCAUACGCGUUUUGGUGUGCCGACCGGGCCUCCAGCAUAUGCUAUAGGGUCAUUCCCACACGAUGCGUUCUGCUCAGAGAACCCCAAUGUUUUCUCACAUCGCGCACAUCCCAACACAAUCUCGACCUAUGUUGGACUCAACUCGACCUCGUUCGGUUCUUAUGGACCAACAAACGCACGUCCCUUGAUAUAUAACGCAUUUUUGCAGUCGAGUGCCCAAAGCCGUGGGAACGAUAGGCCAUCUACAGCGACCACGGUGAAGAACUUUGAACAUUCCCCGCCGUCUCCAAGGGUAUCGCCGAUCUCUCAGGUUUUCCCUCCACUCCCUAGCACACCUAUCUCUCGCAGCGACUCGGCAUUUGCUCUCCAAGCGAACCUACGUGAGAAGCGAUCCGGUCAUUUUGAGACUGCCUCCAGGAGGAGCUCUUCCGUAAGUACCUCUUUCCCAUGGUCAAUAACAGCAUUUCUAAGAGCAGAACGACAGUUUGGUUUUGACCGUAAACCUACCAUGCGGCGUCCAAGUCAACCUUUCCUUGGACAUGCACCUAGCAUGUCUACGUCUUCUUUGAGUCAUGAACUCCAUGCACCAUCUGCAUACGCACCUUCGGUGUACGCGCAGUCCACGCUUGCAGCAUCUACCAUCAUGCCAGGAAUGGCCAUGCAGCCGGUGCGCAACACAGAUACAACUCUUUGGCAAGAAGGCCAUUGUCUGCAAUGGAGACACUAUGAAGACAAAGCCGCGUGUUCCGUCUGCGAAGAGAAGUCAGAUGAGGGCAUGUAUCGCUGCUCAGGGUGUAGUACAUAUGCUCACCGCCGCUGUGCGCCUACCAUCAGCCUUGUCUGUCCGGCUGCUUUCCGUCCGGAUCAAGUGCGCGCAUCAUUCGUGCGUUGCUUCGCCAGUCUCCUUUACACAUAUCGGCGCUACCUUGUCCCUGCAAGUGGCGACCAAAAGAAAUCCGGUCUUAUAUACCAUUUCAAGAUGGACGAAUUCAUGAAAAGCAUGCCUAAUGAGAACAUGCAAUAUAUGGUCAUGUUGCAGCAAACACAGGGCCUGAACGAAUUCAUUCAUGAACGCGAGAGCAAACGCCCUGAUGACCCUUCGAUCAAGCUUUUCGAUGAGAUUAUUCUUGCUAAGCGCAAUCGUGGGAAGUCGUCUUUCUUCCACAAAGCGAAGGUUGAUUUCCUCUCUGACACGACGGAUCAUCUUUGGCGUACCGCGGCCGCAAAUCCACCUAGCUCGCGCUUCCCUGGCGACUACAGGACCAUCAUCAAGCGCAGUAAGUUUCCUCGCUCCUUUGACUCGCUACAGUCGACUAAUCUUCUUCCAGUCCCAGCAAAAUUGGAUCCAACUUUAAUGAAAGAACCCCGCGUGAUCCAAGGUGUUCCGCGCAUCCCACAGUCUAAAGCAAGGCGCAAACCUAUUCCUUCCAUGCUCGGUCCCAACGCGCUUCUGCCCAAGACACCACCAUCGUCCUCAUGA